AGAAACGUCAAAAUAGCAACCACAAACGACUUGGAAACGAUUUUAAAGACUUUGUUUCACUAAAACGCCUUACGGAGAUCUCGUUUGCAGGAAUAAUGAACUUUUUCUAUCCGGAAAUUAAUAUUGAAAACGAAGUCCAGAAACUGAUGAAAUAUGCUGAUCGAGUUUAUGAACGGCAAAUGGAAGAAAGCCGGAAGAGGUUAGAAGACUCACGACUUGCUGAAGAACAGCAACAACAGAGAGAACUACAAGAAAAAUUAGAGAAAGAAGAGGAGGAACGAUUGAGAAUGAAAGAACACAAAUUACUCGCUAUUAAGCAGGCAAAGGAACGUGAGAGGGAAGAGUUCAUCAAGAAACAGAUGCUUCAGCUCAAAAUCAAUAAUUGUGACGAGAUACGUACCCAUAUCCAGAAGAAAUAUCACAUCGAAGCCAAACGGUGUCAACUGGCUCAAAUCGAAGACAAACGCAAACUUAGAAAGGCACAAUUAGACGAGGAGUGUAUAUGGAAUGAAAUCCACCGGAAGAACUAUCAACUGCUGCUUGAUCGAGAGCUCAACGAAAAACGUAAGCGUAAAUUGAUGGAAGAGCAGAUACUGCUCGACAUUAAGACACAAAUGAAGGAAAGGUCGUUGAAGGCUGAACAAGAGAAAAUUAAUCUGCAAGAAACGCGGUGUACUUCACUUCCGUUUCCGGAACACGAUAAAAAAUUGGUACAAAUAAAAAGGAGUGAGCUAGCAGAGAAAUUGAAAGAACAGAUGGAUACUACCAGGAAACUUCAAACGCAACGUGAUGAACAGGAACGAGAAGUUGCCAAAGCACUAAACGACGCCAUGCAGCGUGAGCUCGAGCGCGAGAAGGCAGCGCGUGCUGCCGAAAAAGACAUUCUGAAGAAGCAAAUUGAUCAGUAUUAUGAGUAUUCGAAACAUAUAGGAAAGCAACGUCUAACCGAAGAAGCCAAAAUGGACAAGCUUAUCGACGACUUUCGGCAGGAAUACGAUAAAAUAUUAGUUGAAAAUCGCCAAAAGGAUCUGCAAAAACGAUUAGAUCUAGCAAAUAGAGUAUAUGAGGGCCAACGGCAACAAAUGGCAGAGGUCGAAGAACGGCGUCGAAUUGAGCGAGAACGCGAACUACAGGGUGGAAUGGAUGAACGUGAAGUUUACGAGAAACAUCAUCUGGAAAAUAUUGACGCAAAAAAUAGAAAUCAAAAUUCUGUGAAAAAGUAUCGUGAAGCUCUCAAAGAUCAAAUCAAAUCUGCCACACUCGAAAAGGAACGUUUAAGAAGUCAAAAUCAAAUGCAAACUAACAAACUCAUCGAGGCCAACGUACAGGAGCUCAACUUUGUGCAAAACUAUGUGAAAGGAUCAUUCGAGGGCCACUUCAAAAAACAUCCGAAUUUCGCAUUGAUGAAAAAUAAGGUUUAA